GCUGAACGUCAGAACGUGUUCAUAGAAGCGGUGCAUAAUUGAACGUGCCCUCUUCGGCGCUUGGGAAGUCCUCACACAUGAAGUGGGUAACAUCCUUGCAGCUAGCGAGCUCCAUUCCAACAGCGACAGAUCUGUGGGCCACUUCAGAUCAGGCCGUGCAUUGUUUCUCACGCUAGUGUUUUUAUCCAAGCUCAAAUCGAAGGUGCCAGCAUCAUGGGCGGCGACUUAACUGACGGCUGCGAGGAAGCGUACAAAGCAGUGUUCUCGGAUAGCGAAGCUACAACAUGGUGCUGGCUUGGCUAUGAGGGAAACAAGCUGGCGGUUGCUGGGAAAGGUGAUGGGGGCCUUCAAGAGAUGCUGAGCAAGGUUGACGACAACAUCAUCCUGUACGGACUACUACGAGUGAACAAGACGGAUGACGGGGGGGACAGCAAGCGCGUCAAGUUUGUGUAUCUCACAUGGGUGGGGGAGAAUGCACCUGCAAUGAAGAAGGGGAAGGUGAACAUGCACAAGGGCGCCUGCGGGCAGCUAUUUCAGGGGUAUCAUAUCGAGAAGCAGAUCUUUGCAAAGGAGGAGCUGCAAAACUUGGAGGCUGAUAUCGACGACUCGCUACGGCGGGCGGGGGGUGCCAACUACGACUUGGGAAACAUUCGGACUGGGGUCCAGGCGGGCAAGUCGACGGACCUUAAAAACGCGAGCAAAGAGUUCUUCAGCCAGAAGGAAAAGGAGACCACCAUUGCCGGCAUCGUAUACGACAAGGGCCCUCUCAGUAAAGAGCUGACGUCAUGCGAUCUGGGGGGACGGGCGAUGACGGUCGGGGCGUCCGUGGCUAAGAAGAACACAGUGGGGUACGAUUCGACCGUGCAAGCCUGAAAAGCGGCCGGGAGACGGGCCGUGCAAGUUUUGCGUAAAUGUUCGAAGGCCGCCAGUGUUUGUAUUUAUACUUGGGUGAGUUAUUUAUCUGCGCACCGAGAUGUGCGCAGCCUGUUGCGGGUAAAGUAAAGACUGAUCGUCGCAUCAAGAUAGUCGGAUUUAACGGUUGACACGCAAAAACGGCCAUAUGAGGCUUCAUCCAGCGAACGAGAGCCGGUGGCUGGAGCCGCGCCAAGCUGAGGACUUGUUACUAACGGAUUAUGCACUUUUGAAAGGUCAAUGACGGAGAUCUCGACAUUCAUUGAACGAUGAUCGAUUCUGAAUUAACUGCAUGGUGGCUAGUUGCGAC